AUGUCUACCACCAAUCCUUGCAGUCCUAAUAAAAUGCAGAAACUGAACCCUGCUAUUCUAGACCAGAAAGAACUCUGGAUCAGCCACAUCCUUCAAUUUCUGGGCAUGGGACAGUAUGCCUAUGUGGGUGCUGUCAACAAGAAAUUCAACCAUCUCUACAAGGAGUAUUGUGAUUCUGUGAAGAAUCCUCCUACUGUCAAACUGGGCAAAAAGAAGCGUGCGGCAAUCAGCACUGAUACUUUCUACUCAGUUGUGUUUUACAAUGUUCCAUGCACUCGAUACUGGCAUGUGGCACAUAAUUCCAGCCAGAACCUCUCCUGUUUUCAUCAGAAUGAUGUUUGCCCUACAAUUGCCAAAGCUGGAAAUCUCCCAGUUCUCCAAUGGGCCAGCAUAGAAGAAGAAUAUCCAAUGGAGGAACGGACAUGCUCUGCAGCUGCUGGAGGAGGGCAUUUGGAACUUCUGAAAUGGGCUCAGCAGAAUGGGUGCCCAUGGGAUAAAGCAACAUGCUCUGCUGCUGCUUGUGGAGGGCAUUUGGAACUUUUGAAAUGGGCUCGUGAGAACGGUUGCCCUUGGGAUGAAGAAACAUGCUGGUAUGCUGCUCGACAUGGACAUUUGGAACUUCUUAAAUGGGCUCGUCAGCAUGGGUGCCCAUGGAAUGAAGAAACAUGCAGUAGUGCUGCUCGUGGAGGUCAUUUGGAACUUCUGAAAUGGGCUCGUGAGAACGGGUGCCGGACAUUUGGAACUUCUGAAAUGGCUCGUGAGAAUGGGUGCCCCUGGAAUGGAUGGACACGCAAUGCCGCUGCUGGUAGAGGGCAUUUGGAACUUCUGAAAUGGGCUCAUGAGAAUGGGUGUCCAUGGGAUACAGAAACAUGCUAUGCCGCUGCUGGAGGAGGACAUUUGGAACUUCUGAAAUGGGCUCAUGAGAAUGGGUGUCCAUGGGAUAAGCAACAUGCUCUGCUGCUGCUCGUGGAGGCAUUUGGAACUUCUGAAAUGGCUCGUGAGAAUGGGUGCCCAUGGAUGAAUGGACAUGCACUGCGCUGCUGGGGUGGUCAUUUGGAUUCUGAAAUGGGCUCGUGA